AAUACUAUACAAUAGCAGCAGGCUGCUUUUUAAAAUUCCAAUAGCUUUCAAGUACUCUCUAGACAUUUUUCAAUCAUUUUGAAGCUGUUUAACCUUUUAUCUAAAAUAGAAAAUGAAAAACUUCAAGACCUCCUGGGCUGACGAGGUCGAGGCGGAUUAUGUGGACGGGCUGCCGCCUUGCAGUGAGUACAUUGAAGGCGAUUACAAGUACGUGACCGAGUACAAGUUCAAUGAUGACGGCAAGAAGAUCAAGGUGGUUCGCACCUUCAAGAUCGAGAAGCAGGUGGUGCCCAAGGCGGUGGCCCGUCGUCGCAACUGGGUGAAGUUUGGGGACUCUCGACUGGACAAGCCAGGACCCAACUCGCAGACAACUAUGGCCUCCGAGGAGAUCUUUAUGCUCUUCACCGGAUCCAAGGAGUUCGAACAGACGCACGAGACCCAGAUCGAGGCUGGCAAGAAUAUAGCCAAGUGCCGGAUUUGCAAUGGCGAACACUGGAGUGUCAAUUGUCCCUACAAGGGCACUGCCAUGGAUAGGAAGACCCAGAUGGAGAACAAGGCCAAUGCCGCGGCUGCUGCUGCCGUGAGUGAUCCCAACAAGUCGGGCAAAUAUGUGCCACCCUUUAUGAAGGAGGGCGGUGGCGGCGGAAUCGGUGGCAAGUCUUGGGGUCGCGAUCGUGAUGAAUCCUCCGCCGUUCGCAUCUCCAAUCUGUCCGAGUCCAUGACCGAGGCUGAUCUCGAGGAGCUGGUGAAGAAGAUCGGUCCACACACCAAGAUGUAUCUGGCCCGUGAGAAGAACUCGGGUUUGUGCAAGGGUUUCGCUUAUGUGCACUUCAAGUUCCGUCAGGAUGCAGCCGCUGCUAUUGAUAUCCUCAAUGGUCAUGGCUAUGAUCACUUGAUCCUCUGCGUUGAGUGGUCAAAGCCUCAGGCAUCAUAAAGGGUUUUGACUUAACAACUAGAACUCGGAUACGAAAAUGAGCUGCGGUCGCAAAAGAAAUCAAAAUAAAAUACUAAAGU